AACAACGCGGCUCCGCCCCGAUAACAACGCGGCUCCGCUUCCAGCAGCUUAUCAGCUGCAGGGUGGUGCCACCAAACCCAAAACGCCCCGCCGGGUCAGAACAGAACCAGGCCGCCGGGUCAGAACAGAACCAGGCCGCCGUCACUCCGUAAACGUGGAGCAGGAAGUCCAGCAGAACCAGAACUCCCAGAACUCAGGGUUGGAUCCGGGAAUCUUCCAUGGCAGCAGUGGGAGUGGACGUGACCGGGUCGUGGUUCCUGACACCAGGACUCUUCCUGCUCCUCAUCCUCCUCAUCCUCCUCUCCAUCUUCCUCACUACUCUCUGCAGCGACUGCAACAGAAACUCGUUUGAGCUCCAGGACUCAAAGACAGAGAAACCGCCGUCGGCUCUCAUCCGAGUGGUGAAGCUGGAGGAGGUGAAGGAGAACCCGAUGAUUGGAGAGAUCCAGAAGGACGAGAGAGAGUUUCGUCCUGGAGGAGAUCCAGCUGAGCCGGUCAGUUCCUCCGAGGACCAACAUGGGGAGCUGCAGAGGCGCCCAGACCCAAACCCCUCAGAGGGAACCUCAGCCCACGUGCCACCCUGGAGGAGCCACCUGGUGGCGCCAGAGAGCAGAGAUCUGAAUGGCUCCGCCCCUCGAACCGGCGACCACGUCAGAGAUGGGCGGGGCAACGGCGGCGAGGCGCUGGGACCCUCAGCCAAUCGGCUGUCAACGCAGCUUCAUUACGUCACUCAGUCCGAUGAGAAAAACUCGGUUUACGCUCGAGUCAGCAAGAAGCUCCUCUUGGCCAACUCACCUGUUCCCAUACCUGAGGGGGCGGGGCCACCGCGGGGGGAGGAGCCUGAGGAGCAGCGUGGCCCUCCGCCGCCUGACCGGGAAACAUGGCGGGAGGACGGAGCAGAAUAACCCCACCACCAGGGGGCGCCGUGGCAGCGAGCUGCAGAGAGGAAGAGGAUGAUGAUGAUGAUGAUGAUGAUGAUGAUGAUGAUGAUGAUGAUGAUGACGACAACGACGACGCCUCAGCAGACUUCUGAGGAUUUUAAACCGUCUGUUACCAUGGAAACGCUGACCUUUGGAAACCAUCCUUCAUGAAACUUUUGAGGCUUCUGAUCGGUCCGUUAUCGAUCCUUGUGUUCCGACCCAAAACGGUUCUGAUCAGCUGAUUCCUGCUGCUCGCUUCAUGUCCAUCCAGAAGGGGGCGCUGCAGGAACAGGAACUGGAAUAAAGUUUAAAAGAUUUUAAAGAUUUCUAAACACGGAGGUUCAGUGUUUAGUUUUUGUCUUCUUAUUGCAUAAAUAUAAUUCUAGUUCCCUUAAACUGGAAAAGGUGAUGAAAUAUAAAAUAUGAGAAAUAUAAUAAUUAUUUGAAAGUCUUCUGCCUGUUCUUUCUAUGAAAUCCAAUAAUAAUAUUCUCAAACAUCAGUGAAGAUUUAGAAUCAACAUGUAAUGAUAAAGUUAUUAAUUUCUCUCUGAAGUUCCAGAUUAAAUGACUGAUUUAAGUUUUUUAAGUUUCUGGUGAAAUAUUAUCCUUUUUCCUCCCAGAACAGAAACAUGUUGAUGAAACAGGAAACAAGGAUUUAUUUCAUCAUGAAGAGUUUCCAUGUUUCAUCGAGACAGAAUGAAAACCUGAGUGGAUUUCCGUGGAUGGUCCACAGGGGGCGCUGCACAGCAACACAUCACAUUCACUCCGUUUCACUCAAACACUUCAAAAUAAAACAGUUUGUUUCCUAAAUGUUUGAUUUUCCUGGAAGUCUGAAUCAAAUAUAAACUGAAAAAUGAUUUUAAACUUCAUCUUUUCCGGUUUUUAUUCAUCUGAUUAGUUUUGUUACUAAUCUCUCAUCAAUAAAGAUAUUCCUGCUGCACUGGGAUUUCAUUGAUAUUUUCUGUUUUUGAUGACACAGAAUAAAAAUGAAAUUCAUAAGCCUGAUUGCUCUGCAUACUCGGCUGGAUGUUUUAAGCUUUUAUUGUUUUACAAAAAUCCAUAAUGAUCAACAAAAUGGGACAUAUUUUUAUUUUUAUUUAUAUU